UUGGAUUAAAUCAAGAUGGCCACGUUUUAACCCCUCAAAUUAUACUGUCAUUAUUUAUUUACAAACAAAUCUCAGAAAUAAUAAUAAAAUCACAACACAAGCUAUUUACAAUUUUUUUCUAAUUAAAUUAAAGGAAUUUUCGUGUAAUUUCGGUAAUUUCAUAACUAAUUAAAAUGUCGGCAUCACUUGAUUCGGCUUUGGAUCCCAUGGAGGAGAUAAGAUUUCGAAAAAAACAUGGUUCUAUGUGGAUGGAAAUACAGAAGGAUACGCAUUUUACAUUUGAUGAACUCGAACAAAUUAUGAUCAUCUUCUUCAAAAUCCAAAAGCGCGACGACAAACCAGCUGCAUCAGAUUUGAUAUCCAGGGCCCAUUUCCGGGACGUGUUACAUACGGGGCUCGGGAUGACGGACGCGUACAUGAUGGAGCGAGUCAUGGUGGCCCUGGAUAGAGGGACCUCUCCUUACGUUACUAUGUCUACAUUCGCCAAAGCGAUGUCGCUGUACCUUCGCGGCACCUUGGAGGAGAGAAUUUCUUACGCAUUUACGUGUUAUGAUUUAUUGGGAGAAGGGUAUUUGAGAAGGGAAACAAUGUACCAGUUAAUGAAAAAGAGCCUAGCAAAAGCGUCACGGGAUGACGACGUCGAAGAAGCUGUAAAGGAACUGGUUGACAUCAUGUUAAAACGCAUGGAUAUGGACCUGGAUGGAGUAAUCAACUUCCAAGAUUUUCACACAGCUGUGACGAAGACACCUUCCCUGCUAGAGCUCUUGGGGUACUGCCUUCCUGAACGGCCAGCAGUUUAUGCCUUUCUUUGUACUUGGUGCCCUAAUUGGGGCAAAAUGUAGUCCAACUAGUGGCUUUUGUUCAAGAAAACAGUAAUUUAUAUUUAUAUAAUAUUAUAUUCUCAAUGCUAUUUACAAAGCUGAUGCGCAAAAAUAUAACUACUUAAUUAUGUGCAAAGUUUGCAAAGUUACAAAGCCUUCAUUAAAAUAUAAAUAUGUGGAAAAGCCUUAAUUUUAACAAUUCUACGAAUAAUAGGUACUUAUUGUUAUUCGUAGAUAGUAACUACAUAUGAAUGAAAAAUUAAGCGCAAUAAUUCAUUAAAGUCAGAUAAAAA